GGCCAGUCUAGCCGGAGGCAGAUCUACCCAUUCGCCUCGGCCCAGUCGACUCCGCGAGGCUCGGCCGAGGGUCGCGAGAUCAAGUCCGAGCCGGCAGAGACGACAGUCCUCCUGCCGGCGGCCACAGCGACCGGUCUCUGUCGACCUGAGAUGCGGAAACCACCCGGUCCAAGCGACACCAACAGCCUCUCGGCCGCCCCUUCAUUCGUCAGCCUCGGCCAGCUGUCAACGGACCUUCCUCUUCUUUACCCUCAUCUUGUCGAGAUUGUUUAG